AUGUCGACUGCCUCGCGGCAAUCGUGGACGCCGAGUCGCCGCGUAAAGAGCGCCAGCAAGGACUCGUUCAGAGGUAGAACAGCCUCGCGGGCGGUGCGUCACCAGCACAUUGUCGUCGAGCAUGAAGAGGCUCGAAGCUUUGCUCUUCGCACCGCCUAUCUGCACUACCUCCUGCAACCCCGAGCGAAACGCAAGCAAUAUGUCCCCGCCCCGAAACCAAUCACCCGAUCGCACACGAGCGUCGUCCAGCUCGUCCAAGAAUACAUCGCGGGGGGCUCGACGAGCUUGAAAUUGCCCAGCGGUUUCGCCUCGCAGCUACUCGACCGUGUUGGUGGCGUCAUUAGAGGCAGCGAAUCCCUCCCCGGUUUCAACGACGCUGCUGUCAAACGCAGCUUCGCCGAGGCAUACACCGCUUUCUCCGACAAGGACUUCCAAAAGACUCUGAAAGAGAGAAAGUUUGAGCCCUUGAUUCUCAUAUUCUACUCAUCUGCUACCAAGGCGGCUCAAAAGAGCAGGGCGCCAGACGACGACUCCUGGAAGUUGCUCCCCGAUCGGCAUCUGGCCCUCUUUGUCAGGUUGAACAUCAGCAUCUUGCGAAAUCACGGCCACGACCGAGAUCGGGCUGAGCUCAUAUCGAGACUCAGCUCGCUGGAAAAUAAGCUCCUGACCAAUGACCAGAACCUGGUAGAGAACGGCCAGGACAAAAGAGGUUCGACCAUCGAAGUGGUGGUUCCGUUAAGCUACGAUGUCAAGGAUAUGCCAAUGGUCCAAGUCGUGGCAAGCAUCUUUGGCAUGAGCUUGUCCGAUGUGCAGUCCGAAAUCAACGAACACCGCCAGGCUUGGACAGAGGAGGCGGCUUUAAUAGAUCUCAAGUCGUACCAGCACAGGCUCAACUCCAACAUGGCUGGCGCACUCUGCAGUCAGGACUUCGACGUUGAGGAUGCUUUUUCCGAAUGGAAGAAAUCCGAGGCACCCCAUCUCUCGCAAAUGAUGCUGGACAUCUUGACGGCCAAGCCGGAGUUGGCCAAGAGAUCGACAGCUAGCUUGGAGAAAUCGUUGCCCGGCAGGCCGCAGUCUUUGUACAGUAAUGACCAGGCCUAUGCAGACCUCAGCCGCGCCAUAUCUGCACAAGAUGGCGGCAGUUCACUUUCCCUCGACACAUCCAUCAGUCUUUCCAAUCUAUCUCUUGGCAACGAAGCAGGCGGCCUUCGCGCGGUCGAGGAAGCUAUAUACACCUUUAUUCCGCCAGACCCGAGGGAAUUUUACAAGUACAUUCUGCAGCAUGCCGUCACAUAUGAUCAGUUACACGCAGACCCGGCAUCGGAUUACCAACCCUUGUCGAAGCAGUCAAUGGAGCUCCUGACUGAACUCUGUGUGCGAUGGCGAGUCCCCCAGUCCUCGCGGUUAAUCACGCUGCUGGAAGUAGCGGCUCGAAAAUUCUUGGACCAGGAGAUAGUGUCCGAUGAGCUCGAGACCGUUUUCGAGUUGGUCAAGUCACCGCAACCGGAAAUGAAGAAGGCGCCUCAUAUUACAAACCACUCAGCGUCCCUGAGCGAAAUUGACCCCGGCAGAUGGACAUUGCACGAUUUUGCCGUUUACCAGCAAACUUUUCGUACCUUGUACGACGCAUUGCUGCGGGAGCUGUACGAUCUCAUGGGGCAGUGUUACGCUUCCAAGCCACCGAACAUCUCAGCGGUAAUGGUUCUUCUCAAGGAACACAUAGAGGCUGACCCUACAUUUUCACCUCGACCGGGCGCUGCGGCCGAGUUUGCAGAGCACCUGACCCAUGGCCUUUGCCAGACGGCCAACGACGUCUACCGCGAUUCUAUGCAAAAGGAGAUCCCGGCCCAGAAGGAGGAUUGGGACUUUGCCCACGUGAUAAGCUUGGGCAAAUCGACGACGAAGCUCUGCGAACGGAUCCGAAAGCGCUACAGGAACAACAAGGAAAUCAUGGGAGUUGAUGCUUUCGCGAUCCUGGUGCAGGAAAUUUUCCCCAGUUUUGAAAAGGACGCCAGCGUCAUCAUUGAGACCAUUUUGAACACUGCGAAAGGAGCCGGACAUGAAAUACCCAUCCAGGACGGGUUCGAGCUGUACAAUGAGUUGGUCGAGAUUCGCCGCAUUCAUUUGGAGUCUCUCUCGAAUGUCCCGUUUGAGUUCAACAUUGAGAACCUCCUUGUAGACUUUGUGUGGCGCUGGAUACACACUGCGGAGGCGAAGAUGACUGAUUUUGUGGAGCAAGCAAUCAAGCACGACCAGUUCCACGUCCGAACGCAAAGCCCAGAGCAGAUAGCACUCGACUCGGAGCGACAUAGCGUGUCUGUUAUUGACGUCUUCAUGCUUUUCAACCAGACUGUAGAUACCGUCUUUGCCCUGCAGUGGGACAACGACGAGCAUCACGCGCGAUUCAUGACGGCUCUCGCACGAAGCAUCAGUUCUGGCAUUGGGCAAUACUGCGAAAUUGUUGAGCAGUGCUUCGCCAAGGAAAUGGAUCGCCCGUCGGCAGAGGACUUGGCUGCUCAAAAUCAGUCAACACAGGAGAAAUGGAUGCAGUAUGCUAAAGAGGCAUGGAGCAACAAGGAGAAGGCCCAGCCCUUUCAAUUUUACCCAGAGUCUUUUGUGAAGCUGAACAACGUCGAGUAUGCCAUGCAGGAGUUGGACAAGUUGGAAAAAAGCAUGAACGCGGAAGCCUGUGCCGCCCUUCUGGAGCGGCUCGACGGUCCCAAGAAGAAGGUUCGAAAGCCGAGUAAAUACACCUUCACGAUCAAGGUGGUGGAGGCUGAGGAUCUGAAGCCGUGUGAUCCCAGUGGGUACAGCGACCCAUACGUUGUCUUUGGCGAUGAGUAUCAGAAGCGGCUCCACAAGACCCGUAUCAUUUACCGGAAUCUCAAUCCUCGCUGGGAUGAAUCGUUUGACGUUACAGUGCAGGGGCCAGUUAACAUCAUUGCCACUGUAUGGGACUACGACACGAUCGGCGAUCACGAUUAUGUAGGGCGUACGUCGUUGAAGUUGGAUCCCGUACACUUCAGCGACUACCUCCCGCGGGAAUUCUGGCUAGAACUGGAUUCACAAGGUCGAAUCCUCAUCAGAGUCAGCAUGGAAGGAGAACGUGAUGAUAUUCAGUUUCACUUUGGCAAGGCUUUCCGUCACCUCAAAAGAACGGAGAGAGACAUGGUGCGGAAGAUUACCGACAAGCUCACCACACAAAUCAGCGCAACCUUGUCUCGAGAGACUUUGCGCGGCCUCCUGGGGACUGGCGGAAUCGGUGCUUCCGUGACUAGCCUGUGGAAGAAGAGGACGUCGUCGAUGCCCGUGGCAACGUCGAGCCAGAUCGAAGGUGCUCUAACUCGUCUGUUUACGUACUUUGACGAGAAUUUCGCCAUCAUGAAGCAAACCCUGACCGAGGCCACAAUGAUUGCGGUCAUGACCAGACUGUGGAAGGAGGUGCUCAUGACCAUCGAAAACCUGCUGGUACCGCCGCUCUCGGACAAGCCAUCGACGAAGAGGGCGCUGACGAGAAAGGAGUUGGACGUUGUCUACCAUUGGCUGGAGAUGCUCUUUGCCUUCUUCAACGCCAAGGACGAGCACUCGGGCGAGCAGCUGGGCGUGCCGGCCGAGGUGCUCAAGUCGCCUAAGUGGCACGAGCUUGCAUCGCUCAACUUUUUCUACUUUGAGGACACCAACAGCCUCAUCCGGGAGUCGGAGCGCAUGGCAGCGGCAACAGCGCAGCGGGCGCAGCAGGCCUUGCUGCAGCAACCGCAGCAGAACCGCAUGUCGGCGCCGGCGUCGCUGGGCGCGACGUUUGGCGGGGCCGGCGCCUUUGCGAGCAUGGGCACCAUCAAGCGCGGCAAGACCAUCAUGAUGAGUCGCAACCUGGGCACGAUGCGGAAGGAGAAGGAAGCCAAAAGAAGAGAGGCUCAGGCUGAUCCCAGCGACGACAUGAUUCUGCGCAUUCUGCGGAUGAGGCCGGAGGCGGCGCACUAUCUGAAGGAGCGGCAUCGGCAGAGAGAGCGUCAAGCUGCCACGGCGGCCGCAGCGCUUAUCGUGAAGAACAGCGUCAGCCAAGGAUGGCACACGGGAGGUGUUGGGGGCGGUCAGAUGGGCGGGAGGAGCAAUUUGCCCAGGCGGUGA